AUGAUUAGACAAUAUGAUCGAUUUAUGAUAUUGAAAAGUUUAUAUCCUAAAAUUUAUCUUGUUCCAACUAUAGAUAUUGAAAUAGUUUGGAAAACACAUCUUUUAAGACCUGAAAUAUAUCGAGAUGAUUAUUCAACAAUCUUUUUUUCAUACUUCUUAUUAUAUGAAAAACAUUUUAAUGAAGAAUAUUGUUCAUUACCAUUAUAUAAAAAUGCUAAAACAUCUUCAUCGAAAUAUAUUCAUCCUUAUUUUAAUAAAAUUCAAUAUUUAACUGAAACUUAUUCUUAUUGGGAUAAAACAUUGUUUCAAUUUUCGAAAUAUUCUCCUGAUGAUUAUGAAAAUCCAUUUUCAUUUCGAAGACAUGAUAUUAUUCUUGAUGGUAAAUGGAUUCAUUCAUGUCAAUAUUUUAUGGACGAUAUACUUAUGAUGGUACCCAAUGAUAUAUGGAGUUUUAAUGUAUUAAAUCCAAUAAAUUUAAAAUCAUCAGAAAUGAAACGAUUAAAAAAAUCUUAUGAAAGAUUUUUAUAUAUAAUAACAAAAUAUUCAAUAACUAAACAAUAUCAUUUCAUUCAUCCAACAUACGCAGUAAUACAAUUUUAA